AUGAACACCAAGCCUUCUCAUGGCCCUAUCCAUUUCCGUGCCCCUGCCAAAAUAUUCUUGCGCACCGUUCGUGGAAUGAUAUCGCAUAAGACCACGCGUGGUGCAACUGCCCUUGCUCGUUUGAAGGCCUAUGAGGGUGUUCCUGCCCCGUAUGAUAAGAUUAACUUGUCGGGUCAUUUUUCAUCAGAGGUUGGAUGGAAUCAUUACGAUACCAUAAGGGAGCUGGAGAAGAAUAGGAGGGAGAAGAGAGAUUGCGGCUGUGUGUGA